AACACUCUAGAGACUACUAUGACAUAUGUCAUCAAAAUGUAAACAAAUCUGUUAAUUUACUUACUAAUAAGAAACCACAAACUAAACCUAAAGUUUUAUUAUCACAAUUUCCAGUUUUAACUUAACGUAUGCUUAUGUACUAAUGUUUAAAUAACAAAUUACGCGAUGGCCCUCAUUUUUAUAGAAGACCACCCCUGGAUCUUAGAGCAUGAAUCAUGCGAAAAACUACAGAGGGAGAUCAUGGGCCAGCUCGCCGAACGGCAAAAACACCCCAGAACGAGCACCAAACAUGCCCAAAUAUCUGCUGAUAUUCGGCUAAGGCUGAAACAAUACAACACACAAUUGGUACAGUUAAGACAGAUGUUGGAUCAGUCUUCAGGGACCAGUACAAUUACUUUUGCAGAAUCUGAAAGAAGAACAAGGCAAGUGGAAGUUUUAAUGACGAAAGCAACCCAGAUGCAGAAAUUGUUUGACGAUCAGUUGUCUAGUAAGAGAAUGGAAGAAAGGGGAAGUCUUUUGGGUCAAAAUACCGAUUGGGAGGGUGCUGGGGGGUCUUCUAAUAUGAACAUUGGAGAUAUGAGGAGUAAACAGAAGCAAAUGUUGGGAGAGCAAGAAAAAGGGUUGGAGAACCUUUCAAAGAUCAUUUCCAGGCAAAAGGAUAUUGCGAACACUAUCACUAAUGAGGUGGAUUAUCAUAAUGAAAUUCUUGAUGAUAUUGGUACCCAAGUGGAUCAGACGGACCAAAGAGUAAGAAAUGAAACUGGUAGAGUGGCAACAGUGGACAGAAAGGACAACACUUGCGCCUACUGGAUUGUGAUAAUAAUUUUAUUUAUUAGUAUAAUAAUUGUUGCAGUAAUUUGAUCAAUUAAGGUAUAAAGUAUGAGAAAUAACCAUUAUAUUUAUAUACUACUUUACAAUAUUUUAUUAUGUAUUUAUAUUUUUUGAAAGGAAAAACAGUGUAUGAACAAUAAAAGGAAACUUUAUUAAA